AUGGUCCACUCUGCAUACAGUCACAUAACUGUCAUCACUCUGUUGGCAUUUGCAGCCAUAAACGGAGAGCAAGGGGAACCGGAGAAUGAAACUUUAUCUAUAGAAAGCCUUGCCGAUGCUGGAAAUAAAACAUUAGAAAUAAUUCCGCAUCUGGAAUCAGCCGAAGAUGCUACACGAGGAAUGAAAGAAUUGCUUCACAGAUUAAAUCCAAACUCACGAGUUGAAUUAGACAACCAUAUUGAUUGCCUGGAAGCUGCACACACAUACAACUGGGGAGUGAUAGUAUUCGACAACCGUGAUGUGAAUCUAGCUGAUGUAGUGAAUUGUUGCAAAGAAGAGGCCUCUGCAUAUCGUGAAAAAGUGAAGGAAUUCCCUUUGAAGAACUGUUUCGGAAACCUACCUUCAGCGAGUCGCCAAAAUCUGGAUGUACUGAAUUCAGCAAUCAAACAAGUAGCCGAAUAUAGAGGCGUAUAUGGCAUGAGCAUUUUUCUUCAGAAUCUGUACACAACACAUAUCACCAGAGGAUAG